AUGCAGCUGAUCCGCCAGAUAUUGGGAAUACUCCAGGGCAUUGGGGUAGGCCGCGAGAGCAAACAACUUACAGUAGCCUGGCCGCAUGAAAUCGAUCUGCAGAAGUGCUUCCAGAUCCCGUGCCGAAGAGAGAGCUCGUGGGUUGGCUUUCUAGCCGACUUCGAAGACUGCGCCAAGUUUGCCUAUAUGGCGACAAGGUGUCUGGAAAUAGACCGCAUCAAGUGCAAGGGACCGAAUACGCGUUGGCCAAAGGCUGUACCCCUGCUAGAGACAGCGGUAUUCCGCUUCCAGGCCGUGCUGACCAGCCAGGCAUCCACAACCGUUGCGCUGCAACAUAAGGAGAUGUACUAUCUGAAAAAGAUGGAUAGGCUGUUUUAUGUCAAAGCACAGCGACCGGUUGUCCCAACUGGAACCAUGGAGCUGGUGGUGUGGCCCAGCAUCAGUCCACAGAACAUACAGACAAGAGUUGUGUCGCUGCUCCGUGUUCGCAACGAUUGGAAGCAACGCGAACCUCGAGAACGGACGGCCCUGGAGCUUGCAUGGGCAGAGGAGGUUGACGUCUACACCCCUAUUUAG